AUGACUAUAACAAAGGAAUCCGUCAUUCUCGAUACCGAUCCUGGCAUUGACGAUGCGCUUGCCAUGUUUUACCUCCUCAUGAACCCAAAAGUCAAGCUCACAGCAGUUACUUUGACGCAUGGAAAUACCAACAUUGAUCAUGUCAAGCGUAAUGCCGAAACGGUGCUCCACGUGAUGCGAAAACAGCGUGAAUACCUCAAGCAGGAAGUCCCUGUUGAAGAAUUGCCAGUGUUGGCUAUUGGCAGUGCCACCCCAUUGAAAGCCAACAAUCUCUUCGCUACUUACUUCCAUGGCGUGGAUGGUAUGGGUGAUAUCUACAGCAAGAACUCCUACUGGGAAGAUCUCGCUCGUGAGGGAAAGCCUGCAUAUCAAACGACAGAACGUGAUGCCGCUGAUGAAAUCUUGCAUCAACUCAAGCAUGCCGACCCCUUGUCUAUCUCGAUUCUUGCUGUGGGACCAUUGACCAACAUUGCAUUGGCCUAUCAACGUGAUCCUGUGACCUUUGGCCGAGCAAAACGUGUGGUGAUCAUGGGAGGGGCAGUGGAUGCUCCUGGCAAUGUGACGCCCAUGGCAGAGUUCAACUUUCGAGCUGACCCUGAUGCUGCCGAUAUCGUGAUGAACACUUCAAAGGGGUUCAAGCAUAGCCCUGAAGGAUACAAUGCACGUUUGGAACUCAUUGAGCAAGGCAAACAGGCACCGAUGCAUGUUGUGGUGUUGCCUCUUAGCAGUGAAGGUGCUAUUUCAAAAGAAGAGUAUCAGGAAAAGAUUGUCCCUGUCAAGACACCCGUGGGUGAAUUAUGCAAUGCCUUUUUGGUAUGGACGUUCGAGGUGUGCAGCAAGCUAUAUAAUAUUGAAACUCUUUGCCCAUAUGAUGCAUAUACGGCAUUGCUUUUGGUGGAUAUGAUCAGCGAUAAGGGUGAUGGCAAGAAUGAGAGCUCGGACUUUGACCAAAACUGGGAAUCACGAUACUUGGACUUGCAUGUGGAAACCAAAGGCGAGUAUACGCUGGGAAUGUCUUGCUAUGACAAUCGAGGCUGGGAUCUUGAUACGCCUGCUUGGGGUGAUGAACAAGCAUCCAACCAUGUGCAGGUUAUUGUGCGCGGCAAUGGACCGAGGUUCGCCCGAAUCUUUUUAGACUCUGUUUUUGCCGUGUCUGUGCAGUAG